AUGACCAUAGCAAAAAGGCCUACAUCAGCUGCAAACUACGGGAACCAGCGAUGCAGAUAUGUCGGGCAUCCCAAGGGAAAUCGCCACACACAAAUUAAACGUCGACCCGUUCCACCCCCAGUAAGACACAUCAGGCAUAAAUUCAACCCCACCAUCAAUGUUGUAGUACGCGAUGAGGUGGAGAAACUAUUAGAGAAUAGCUCCAUCAGGGAGUCGAAGCACCCUAAGUGGGUUGCCAACAUAGUGAUGGUCAAAAAGAAAAAUGGGAAAUGGCAGAUGCACAUGGAUUUCACAGACUUGAACAAAGCAUGUUUGAAGGAUUCGUUCCCAUUACCCCACAUCGACCAAUUCAUCAACGCAACAGCCGGGAAUGAGCUAUUGAGUUUCUUGGACACGUACUCAGGCUAUAACCAAAUACUUAUGGAGGAAGAAGACCAGAAGAAGACCACGUUCAUCACCUACCAAGGAACGUAUUGUUAUAGUGUCAUGCCGUUUGGGCUAAAGAAUGCGGGGCCUACAUAUCAAAGAUUGGUAACAAAGAUGUUCAAAGAUCAGAUCGGCAAGACCAUGGAAGUACAUAUAGAUGACAUGUUGGUCAAGUCCGUAAAGGUAGAGGACCACAUCGAUCAUUUGAAGGAAGUUUUCGACAUACUAAGACGGUAUGGAAUGAAACUAAACCCGGAGAAAUGCGCGUUUGGCGUAGCCUCAGGAAUGUUUUUGGGUUUUUUUGUGUUGCAAUAG